CAAAUGCACACCAAAAUACGCAGAGCAAAAUAAAUUCCGUUUCUUUUUUCUGUAUUUUAAAAAACAUAAUACUUCACGUUUUGAGAUUGCUAUGUGUUUUUCCACUGCUAUUGAAACUAACACGGUUGCUUUUAUGAUUUUCCAGUGGUGAUCGAGGAAAUAAUUUUCCACAAAUACACCAAAUUACUUUGAGCGUCUAUCUUUGAACUGUAUUUAAUCAUGUUUUGAAAUAGUUAGUAAAAUUUAAAUUUUCGCCAAAUGGAUUCUCAAUUACCAAGUUCGAAAACCUCAUUCUCUUACGAUGACUUGAAGUACAAACCACCAGAAGAGAGGUCGCAGUUUUACCCCAACCAGCAAGCCUCAAACAAGUCUGUCUAUAACCAACCAGCGCCACCGAUUGAAAAUAUAAACGGUUAUUUAAACCGACAACUAAAUAACCAAUCACAACCAAAAAAUCAACAUCGCCAUUAUCACCCUGCUUAUCCAAACUACAGCGGAAUGAACUCGCAUCCAAAUACUGGGAUACCUGCACAAAAACAAACAAACAAUGGUCAUUAUCGACAACCGCUUGAAAAUUUUGGAAACCAAAACGCAAACGCAGGUCAAAAUAGGUUCUCACAACCUCAGUCACAAAAUUCAGUUCAAGGACCAACUUAUAAUAACGCUGCCCAAAGACCUCAGAUUGUGGCAAAUAACCCAAACCAACAACCAUAUAUGUACCAGGGAACCAAUUUUGUGCCUAGUGGUGCCAAUAGUCUUAACAUGAUUCCGAGAGAUCCCAGCUGUGGAAGUCACCGCAAUGUUCAUGCAUCAAAUUAUCUUGUAAGAGCAACGAGCAAUCAUCCCCAAACGCAAAUGAACCCUCCAAGACCUUUAAGACCAAUCGCUUCAUCAUCAUGGCAAGACUCUAACCAGGUCCACCAACAUCGGCAAGUAGCUCCUAGGAGCAACCAAAGCUUCCAACGACCAAAUGGUAUAAAUUACAGUCAAUAUACUCGAACUCAUCCGACAAUUCCCGAAGAGCACUCACCAAGAAAAACAGAUCAAUCAAAUUUUCAAACGACAAAUGGGCAUUUUUCACAAACUUCAAAUUUCCAAAAUUUUGCGCACGAUGAUCCUGAUCAAAGUGGAACUUUUCACCCUCAAUAUGAAGACCCUGAUCAAAUGACCGGACAAGAAGCUGCCAGAUACUAUGAAGAAGAAAGCAAGCGAGUUUUGAACCAAAAUAGUCAAAAAUACGCUGCGAUUAUUGAACAAUCUGAAAGGAAAGAUCGAAUCAUUCCUCCAAAAUAUCCUCCUCCGGUACCUCAAUAUGCCCAAUUUGGAGCUUCAAAUAAUAUGCCUAGACAUACACAAACAAUGAAGUAUGCAAAUGAUAAUACCACAAGUAUCAAGACCACGAAUGGUCGAAAGGCAACUUUUCUGACACAGCAAGCACAAAUAAAGUUUUCGAGAGAAAUGACAUUUAGUGGCCCAGAGAUGACCGAUCUGCACAUCUACAUGGUGCCUGCUCAGUACUGGAAUGAGCAGUACAACUGUGCCUACAACACUGUCAUGAACUAUACCAUAUCCGCCGGAUUCAUCAGAGUGUACCCAGAGACUCCGCUGGUGGAGCUGCGUGACGUCAUAAUAGACCAGAUUGGGAAACAGGGUGGCACCCUCCCUAAGAAGUUCAUCUUCCUGAAGAGUGUGGGCAGAGCCAUGACUCAGGUCAAACACAUGCAGGAGAAACAGCUCAAGGUCAAAAACUUCCUUCCGCCUUUUGCUUAUUGUCCAGAAAUCUUCAUCAUGAGUCGAGAUCCCAUCGGAGAAAGUGAAGACGAAGAUGAAUCAGACGCAGAGGCGAAUGAAGCUGCACUUGAAGCGGCCAAACAAGCGGAGGAGAAGCGUAAGCAGGUGGAGGCUAUGGAGCGGGAGUUGGAAAAGAAGAGGUCGGCGAUGGAGAAGGAGCAGUACGAGAAGGAGAAGGAGAUAGAGCGGAAGACGAGGGAGAGGGAGAAGGAGGCGAUGGAGAAGCAGAGGGAGUUGGAGAAGACACUCGCCGAACAGACAAAACAACUGGAAGACGAGAGGUUCAAAUUGGAACGUGAGAUACAAAAACAGGCGGACGAACAGGAACGACAAGCCAUGGAACUGAGGCGAAAGCUAGAACAGGAUCAACAGCAGCAGUUCUACCAGAAACAGAAGGAAAUAGACGAGCGAAUGAGGGAACAGGAGAGGAAGUUCAACGAACAAGAGAGAGAACUCGAAACCAAACGGAUGGAGAUGGAGGCGGAGGCGUUGCGGAAGGUGCAGGAGCAGGAGAAGAAGUUAAUGGAAAAGGAGAGGGCGAUUGAGAAGGAGAAGAUGGACAUUGAGAAGAAGGCCAUGGAACAGGAGAAGGAACUGCUCCAGCAGCAAGCUGAGAUUGAAAGAGCCAAAAUGGAGACGGAGAAAGACAAGGCGCGUCUGGAGCAGAGAAAGCGCAUGCAACAGGACACAGAACGACUAUCCCAACUCACCAAGGGCUUGGACUGAACCACCGGCUGAUGGAGCUGAAGAAUCUUCGGGAGGAGCGGAAGGAGAUGGAGGAGUUCAGGGCAGAGCUCAUCAAAAAGGCCAAGUCCCUCCAGCUCAAAGCACAGAGCAAACGGGCAACUGCGCGUGACUUCUGGAAGAAGAAGUACUACGAGGAGAAGAAGAAGACGUCGCCUUUGGAUGAUCACCUGGCUAAGUUGAGAAGGGAGCUGGACACCCUGAACAGAAGACAAAUAAGUCGACUGGAGAAAGAGAUGGAUGGCAACCAAGAUCCACACACCAUCAGCCAAGUACAAAAUAAGAUAGUGUUGUCUAGACUGACUCAUGACAUCUCUGAGUUGAGGUGGAGAGUAGAGGAGGCCAAACUGAGACUCACAGGAGAACUCAAGCUCCGAAGACAAAACAAGGUGGAAAUUGAGGCUCUCCAGGCUGAAUUAACCCAACUAAAUGUCACCAAAAUUACAGAAGCCAAAGCCCAACAGAUGAACAACCUCAAUAAUGCCCAGAAGCCACCCCUCCCACGCCCCCACAUGGCAUCAUCAAUGGCCUCGUCACCCAUGCUACAAUCACCCAACAAACCUCCCCCACCUCCAAAACUAACCAGUAGUUAUAAUAAUUAUAAUGUGACCGAUAGAAGUAAUUUCGCAGAGGAGAGAAAAUCAAGGAUGUUGAAACCAAUCAGUGCGGAUAGCACAGUCACAACUGAAACUUCCUACUCUGCGUGAAUUACCGAUGUGAUGUGAUAAUUCAUGGAAAUCAUUUAAAAAAAAAAUUUUGAAGUUUU